AUGAUGAAGAAGGAUGGUCGGGUUCGAAUUUGUGUCGAUUAUCGGGAUUUGAACAAGGCUAGCCCAAAAGAUGACUUCCCGCUACCUCACAUAGAUGUCCUUGUUGACAGUACUGCCGGAUUUGAGCUAUUCUCAUUUAUGGAUGGUUUUUCUGGGUACAAUCAGAUAAGGAUGAAAGAGGUAGACAAGGAGAAAACUACAUUUAUCACCCCAUGGGGGACCUUUCAUUACAAGGUUAUGCCCUUCGGGCUCAAGAACGCAGGGGCAACUUACCAACGAGCCAUGAAGUUGUUCGAUCGGCUCCGUGAGUUCAAGCUUCGUCUAAACCCCACUAAAUGCGUGUUUGGAGCAACAUCUGGUAAAUUACUUGGAUUCAUUGUGAAUAGUAAAGGGAUUGAGAUCGACCCGGCUAAAGCUAAAGCCAUAUGUGAGCUGCAACCCCCAUCAACAGUGAAAGAAGUCCGGAGUCUUUUGGGGAAGUUGAAUUACAUUGCUCGAUUCAUUUCCCAACUUUCAGAAACCGCCAAGCCAUUCUUCAAGCUCUUAAAGAAGAAUGCACGAGUCAACUGGGAUGAUGAGUGUCGAGAAGCGUUCAACAAGUUAAAGCAAUACUUGAUGAAUCCACCAGUUCUUCUCCCGCCAUCGCCGGGGCAUCCUUUGAUUCUUUACCUCACCAUUCAUAAAUUUGACGUGCAAUAUAUGCCACAGAAGUCGGUUAAGGGUCGAGUGAUCGCCGAUUUAUUGGCUGAGAAUCCAGAAGUCUCAAAUAAUGAUGAUCGUUCCCUGGAUGACCGUAUCUUGAGUGUAAAUGAAGAUUCAUGGACAAUGUUCUUUGAUGGAGCAUCAACUUGUCUCGCUGAGUAUGAAGCUUGCAUCCUCGGGCUUCAAGCUGUGAUCGAGAUGGGUGUACCCAAAUUAAAAGUGUUCGGGGAUUCCGCGUUGAUCAUACUGCAGACCGUAGGUGAAUGGAAGACUAAGGAUGCUAAAUUACUCCCAUAUCACAAGUACCUAGAAGAUUUGAUCAAGGAAUUCGAUGAAGUUUCAUUCGAAUACUUAUCAAGGUCUCACAAUCAAUUUGCAGAUGCACUCGCAACUUUAUCACCUAUGUUGCAAGUCACUCACGGAUUAGAAGUUGAGCCAUUGAAGAUAGAGGUUCUUCCAAGGCCGGCUUAUUGUAUGGUAGUGACAGAAGAGUCUGACGGAAAAUCAUGGUAUUACGAUAUCAUGAACUACAUCCAAAAACAGGAAUUCCCCGAGGGAAGCACUUCAGCUGAUAGGAAGUACAUUAUGAAGAUGGCCUCAAAGUUCUUUGUCAGUGGUGAAAAUUUGUACAAGAGAUCUUAUGAUUCAGUCUUGUUGCGAUGUGUGGGUGCAGCUGAAGCCACUCAAAUUAUGCAGCUGUUCACGAAGGAGUGUGUGGCCCCCAUAUGA